AUGAAUGCCAAUUUUCUGGAGCUUAAUGUAGUAUAUCAUGUUAUAAUAUUCAAAGAGACUGAUGUUUUAUCGCCAAAGACUAUUGCGUUGCCACUGCCUACUCUUACUAUUAACAUUCUGACAGUUGUUCCAAAUGAGGCUAAGGUUCAAAAUGUUCUAAUUGAGAAUGAAAAUUUGAUUCAAAAUGUAGCUACCCCUCAUGUUGAUAAUAUGUAUAAUCCUCCGAUAAUAUAUGAUGAAAUUGGAAAGGGGUUGCUUAGCUCCUGGAAAUCCAUGUCAAUGGCAGAUGAUGAUGCAAUGGAUUUUAGCUUUGACACUGUUUCUAAAAGCAAGAAAAAGACAUUUGACUUUGAAAAACUGGACAUAAAUUUUAAUCUGGAUGGUGAGUUUGACAAGAUAUCAUCGUUUAAGUUGGACAUGUCAGAUCUUGAUUUCACAUGCUUACCAAAAAAGACUUCGCAGUCUAAGGAUAAAAAGGCAGAAGCUUCUGGUGCAAAAGCAGGGAAACAAGAUGGGUUUAAUUUCAGCUUUGAUUUUAAUGAGUUGGAUAGCUUUAAUCUUGAUUCAAGCUUAAUAAAAGUAGAUACUAGUUCCAGCAGUAACCCAAGAAAAAAAGGAGUUACUACAGAUGGAAGUGAUAAUGAAGCUGCUAAAAUGCCAAAAACCAAUGAUGAUGGUGUCCAUACAACUAAUGGUAGUUUGGCAUUGAAACCCCCUGCGUCAGAGAUGCUGGAAACUAUGAAGGUUGAGACUUUAGAUGGUAGCCUAGGGAAUAUAGUUUCCAAAGAGGAUGGUUCUGUUUCCAAAAUUUUAUCCGCAGGGAAUCUCGACCUGCUAAUUGAGAAUCAAACUUUUGAUACAAGUAGAUGUAAAAGUGCAGAAGAAGUUGAUCAAGAAAGAGAUAUACCUGAGAAGACAAAGUCAUCAGAAUUAAAAUCGGAGCAGGUUAUCAGUAUGGCACCUUCCCAGUCAGUAGGUAAGAGUGAUUCAGAGCAGGACACUAUCUUAAACCAGCGGACAAAAGUUUUUUCAUCUGGAACAAGCGUCAUCAACGUGUCAGGAGAUACAGAAGAGGUUAACAAUCAAGCGGUAUAUGAGCAUACAAAAAUGUUUUCAUCUGGUAGAACAUUAAUUAAUGUUUCAGGUGAUAAACAUGAGGUUAAUGAUAAGUCAACAUAUGUAGAUUCUGAUGGGGUAGACUUACCAUUAGAACAUACAUCCCCUCCUCACAUCAGUAAGUCUGAUAGCAGUGUUGAAGAAGCAAUUAAUCUAGGUAGCAGUACCCAAGAAAGAGUUACUAAUGACCCUCAUCCAGAAAAAAGAUAUACGGGGUGUGAAAAUAUAAAUAAAGCCGAUGCCUUGAAGAACGUAUCAUGUGACAAUGACACCGGAGAAAACCGAAAAACAACUUCUGAGUGUCAUUUGGCUCCAUCAAGCAGUAAACAUUUAGUUGAUAAAAUGAUGCCAAUGAAAGAUAAAAAACUUCAAGAUAUGCAGUCAAAUAUGUUCAGCAUGCCAGAGGACAAAAGGGAGAACUUCAGAUCAAAUGACACAAUGCUUGGAAGCAAAUUAGUAAGCAAUUCCAUUGAAUGUUCCAGCAAACUAAUUAGGGAUGCAGCAACAUUGCUUGAUAGCAAAGAUGAUCCUAAAACUCGUAGCAAUACCAGGGAAGAAAUUGCUUCUGAUGUUAUGCCAAGUACAGGCAAGUUGGCUGGAAAUAUGCAAUCAUUUCGCGAAGAAGUAAAUAAAAGCAAGGCGACAUUUCUAGAAAAUAGCAUGUCAACCAAAGAUUUGACUAUGUUGAGUUCUCAAGUUAAUCCUUCCUGCUUAACAGAAAAGACAGGUAGAACUACUAACCAGAUAUCGGUGAAUUCUCAACCUGAAGCUUCAGGCAAGGAGUCCUCUGAGAAAUCAAGAAUUGCAUCCAUAGAAGGAAAUAAACUCUCUUCUUUUAAAUCUUGCAAGAUCACUCCUACUCUUUCAAGCUUAAAGACUUUAAGGAACAUUGGAGCUAACAGGGUUCAAGCAACUUCUUUACAUAAAAAUGAAAAAAACUCCUUAUUAAGCUUGGGACAGAGGAUGGAGAUACAGGGUAUUACAGCACCUACGAAUCACCAUCUGACUGACAGUGGUGACAAUCAGAAGUCUUCAACCCCAUUCUUGAAGAGGAAAACUAUUGAGGUUUCUGAAGCAGACUGUACAUCCUUGAGGUCCUUAAAGCGCCUCUGUCAAUCUCCUAGUAAAAGCAGAAAUUCUAAAGAAUCUUCAGAAGAAGUUGUUGGAGAGGUAGAGAGUAUCCCCAACAACUUACUCUACAGUCAUUCAACCUCUGGACUUAAAAGUCCAUCGGAGAUUAAAGUGACAGAAAUGGAAAUGCCUGAUUCUGCGGCACUAAUGGAAGAUAACAGCAAUGUCGAAAAGGCUGAAGCAUAUAUGAAGGAACUUGAAGACAUUUGUAACAUGCUGAAAAAGAAGCACGAGGAAGCAAAAGAAUUAUUAGUCCAAGCCAUUGUGAACGACAAUAACUUACUAAUGCUUAAUCAUCCCAUUUAUGAAGAAGAAAUAUCCUCCCACUCUUCUUUUAUGUCAUUUCCUCCUAUUCAUUUAAUGGUAGAUAUUAAUGCUGGUUAUUUCCUUGACAUUUGUGAACAUUCGGAAGGUUCAGAAAUUUGCUUUGCAGUUGAUGUCUAA